CCCUUCCAGAUAUGGUUUGUGUCGUAUUGCCCUUAGAUUUUGCUAUUGAUAUCGCCAUUGGUGUCAUCAUUCCUAGUGGUGAAAUUUUAUCAUUGAUUUCAUCAUUGGUGUUGGCAUUGCAAAAGGUAGGCUUCGUCGUUGAUGUCUGCGCUGCUG